AUGGAACAACGAACAGGACUCUACCACAACACACCUUACCAGCAUACGCCCACGAUCUACGAUCGAAUUCAGAUAGGCAAAGGCACGACAAUUCUGCCAGGCAAAAAAGACCCCGCAGUCGCUCAUCUCAUCGAUCAUGUUCUCGAGCAUGGAUAUGUGAUCCUACCGAAUCUCUUCACACCUACCGAAGUCUCCGCCGCCAAUGCAGAGCUCGCACGUCUCGAAGCUCUCGAAUCCUCCGGUCCAGCUUCACAGGGAGGUCGUAACCCAUUCGAAGGUUUCCAAACAAAGAGAAUAUAUGCGUUGGUAGAUAAAAGUCGAGUGUUUGACACCUUUGCGAUCAAUGAAACGGUCAUGAAGUUAAAUGACUAUUUCUUGCAGCCAAAUUUCCUGAUGACGAGCUUCCAUACAGUAAAUAUUGGGCCGGGAUCAAAAGCACAAGAGAUUCAUACAGAUGAUGGGUUGAUUGCACUGCCUCGCCCAAGACCCUUAAUGGGAAUUGGCACAAUGGUAGCUAUCGAUGAUUUUACUGCUGAAAACGGCGCGACGACACUUAUACCAGGUUCACAUUUAUGGGACGACGAAAGGAAUCCGAAACGAGAAGAAAUGAUACCAGCCAUAAUGCCAGCAGGGUCAAUGGUAUACUUUCUGAAUACAUUAUGGCAUUCUGGGGGAGCGAAUACAAGUCAGACGUGGAGGAGAAGCAUGACUGUACAAUAUUGCCAACCAUGGAUCAGACCUUAUGAGAAUUUUACAGUUGCUAUGGGUUGGGAGGAUCUGGAUCAAGUCCCACAAAGACUGAUGCGCUUGAUGGGCUUUAGCACUCAUGACUUUAUGGGAUAUGUUGAUGGCAGAUCUCCUAGAGCUGGCGUGGAAAUGCGAAAGAAAAGGUUGAUUGAGUGGGCCUUCAAGGAGAAGGAGAAAGGGAAGAUGUCGAAGCUCUGA